CAGGAGCAAGUAAACCCUUUCGCAGAAGUGCAAUUAUUUACGUCCUCCCUGCCCCUUGGCGAAUGGCGCAUUGGCGAAAUUGACAUACAUGGUUUCGAGCGGACCUGUCUGUCACACCUGACAUGGUGCACGGCUCUCUCCUGACGACGAACUGAAGAAGGAAUUCCGUCGAUUUGCGAGGAAGACAAAUUCGCUGGCAACCCUUGUGUGUCCAUAAUUAUUCGCGAAUUUUGCCCAGUCAAUUGUAAUGGCAUCGAACAAGAAAUUCGAAGAAGGACUCGAGCACAUAAAAAAUGCAGAGAAGUGCAUGAAAACUUCUCUGUUGAAAUGGAGACCUGACUAUGACAUUGCCGCAGAUGAAUAUCAAAAAGCUGCCACUUGCUUCAGGGUUGCAAAAUCAUUUGAGCAAUGUAAGGAUUGCCUAAUGAAAGCUGCUGAUUCCAACAAGCAGAAUCGAUCAUUUUUCCACGCUGCAAAGAAUUACGAACAAGCAAUAUUGGUUUGCAAGGAGCUUGGAGAUCUUCGAGAUGUUCAAAAACUUGCAGAAAAAAGUUGCCAUCUAUACCAGCAGCACGGAUCAUGCGACUCUGCAGCAAUGGCGCUGGACAAGGGUGCAAAAAUCAUUGAAGGACAGUAUCCCGAGCAAGCUCUCCAGCUAUAUCAGAGAGCUGCGGACGUUGUAAUGCUGGAGGACAAUGCCAGGCUGGGAUCUGAGUACGCAAGCAAGGUUGCAAGAAUCAUGGUCAAGUUGGGAAUGUACGAUCAAGCGACGGACGCUAUCAGGAGAGAAAUCGGACUUCUCCAGCAGACGGAGAGUACUGGAUCGAUUGGUCGGCUUGCUGUGGCUUUGGUGUUGGUUCAGCUUGCCAGAGGAGACACAGUGGCUGCUGAAAAGGCGUUCAAAGAAUGGGGAAACUGUUGCGACCCCCAGGAGGUUCAAACCCUAGAGCAGCUGCUUCAAGGAUUUGACGAGGAAGAUCCGGAAAUGGCUGCAAGGGCGUUGAGCAGUUCAUUCAUUAAGCACAUGGAUGUUGAGUAUUCCAGGCUAGCCCGUGACCUGCCUCUGCCCCGCGGUACGGCCCCAUUGUCGAAAGCAUCAGUCAUUGAGAAAGCUGCACCAUCCUACAUAUCACCUAAUAAGGGCGGACAAGCUGAGGAGGGAGCAGCUGGUGGUGCUGAUAAUGACGACGAUGAAGGUGGUUUUGGUCUCUGCUAAUAAGUUACAAGAAGGCGCAGCAAGUUACUUUCCUUUACUCAAAUAGAAUAUGAGGGGGACGAGUGGAGGCUCAGCAUUCGUCCUCGCUCAUAUUCGAGUGAGUCAUUCCGUUCUUUUGAAUUACCAAUGCAUAAGUAUAUAUAUAGUAAAACUAAACUUUAAACCAAGCAACAUCUUAAUUGUUGCUUUUUAGAAUCAACUAAAUUAAAAAAUUGUAGCUGCUAUUUAACAUCCCUCAUUAAAUGUACUAUUUGAAAGCGUCCUCCCACCAAAAUGAAGCUGAAAUUUAAGUACUAUAAUUCCAAGUCCAGGUGAUACAGCUUAGAAACGCUCGAAUUGAUUACUCUUGAUUGUGUCAUGUUGAAGAGAGCUAGUCAUACAAAAUGAUGACUUAUUUUUUGGAAUUGUUGAUUGGAUGUUUGUGUUAACCAAUUUUAUGGUCCACACUUAAUUGAUGUUCCCAACGAGGUGUCAUUAUGAGAUCUCUGUAUGUUGAAUUUGUAUAUUAAAUCCUAUAUUAUUAUUUUUCCUGUACAUACCAAUAAAAGUUGAUUAUAAAUGUUGAUGCAAA